GCCAGCCCCACUGGCCAGCGGCGCUUCCUCUCCUAGAUCCGCAGGGAAAAAAGAUUCCCCGACCCCACGGCCUGCGGGACCCUCUGGAGCUCCGCCCCCUGCAUGCAGCAAAGAAAGGAAAGUUCAGUGUUUUGAGGGGGGAGGUACUUCUAGGACACCCCCUCCAGGAUUUAACCCCUUCCUCUCCAAACAACAAAAGACAAGCUUCUGCUGCUGGGAAUUAGGGGACGGAUCCGGGGAUGCCCCUGACUGGACGGGGAGGGUGUCCUCGGUUCCGUUCCAAAGGGGGCCCGAAGGGGAUCUACUGCUGCGUGCAGAGGUCUCGUGCGCCCCUCUCACCUGGAUCGCGAGCCCGGGUCUCCCCCGGACUCCUGCUGUUCCGGACAUCUGCAACGGAGCGCGCUGCUGCUGUGGUCGCCGCUGGCGAAAAGGGAACGUGGAGUCUCCUCCCCUUCGAAACUGGAGGGGAGGGGAGGGGGUCGUCGGGGGGAGGCUGCGAGAACAGUGCGGAGGCGGGCCCCACCCUGGCCCGGGAGGUUCUGUCAACUUGCAAACCGCUGCUCUGCUCCCUUGGAGUAACUUCCACAAGCCGGGGUGCUCCGGAACGACUGUUGGCUGCAUAGCAUGUGGUUCCAGGCGCUUGCUUGGGAGUAACGCCGCUGGGAUCCCGCGCGGCAUACUUUCGAGGAAACAUCCAUUCCUGUCUGGUGAGCCUUUGCAGAGUGGUGUUACGUUCCACGAAAUGCAGAGAUGGACCCUGGUUUAUGGAUUUGCCUCUUUGCAUGCGCGACUUUCCCUGCCCAGCUAACAGGAUUAAAACCCAGCAAAGAAGCAGUUGUGCAAAAUUCAAGUUCUGAUGGUGAAGUCUUGGGCAAGUAUGCAAUAGAAGAAGCCAUGGAGACCUUCAAAGGACACUUGGCCGGAGGCUGUGUCUCCAAGGGGAAGGAGCUAGUGAGAGCCAAACAAAAUCUGGAGAAGACGUUGCAGGAAGCCAAUAUGUCACAGGAGAAUCUCAUUGUGGCUCAUGAAGAUGUACAAACAUUAAUAUUCAGAAUAAAGCCCAAAGAUUUCAGGGGGCUGAAUAUCAGCAGUGACCUGUUAAAGGUCACCACGUCAAUAAAGAACCAAACGCGGCACUCCAUGAGCUUCCCGACUGCGCUGACAGAGAGGGCCCGGGCCUUGCCUGCAAAUGAGAUGAGAUUGACCUGCGUUUACCUGAAAGCUUCCUGCCUCUUUCAGGAUGAAAAGAACAGCUCCCUUCUAAACAACGACAUUUUAGGGGCCACCCUUGGGGAUGUCAAAAUCACCAAUCUCAGCCAACCAGUGGAGAUCCGGUUUUGGCACAACCUCAGGCCAGUCAGUAAUUACAACAUGACCUGUGUCUUUUGGAUGGAAGGAAGAGAAGAGGGUACCCUGGGAACAUGGAGCCCCGCUGAUUGCAAUACUAUCUUCCAAGAAGGCAUUGUCAUAUGCCAAUGCUACCAUCUUACCUAUUUUGCUGUUCUCUUGCAAAUCUCUCCACCUCCCUUGGAUGAAGGUCUGUUGGAUGCUUUAACUUACAUAACUUCCAUUGGCUGCAGUGUGUCAGCUGCUGCCUGUCUGCUCACUGCCUGUCUGUACCUUUGCUCCAGGAAAAAGCAACACAACCCCACCACAAAGAUACACGUGAACCUACUGGUGGCUCUAUUUUUCCUUAAAACGUCAUUCUUGGUCAGCGGGCCGCUGGCAUCGGUCACUUCUUCACAGCCAUGCCAGGUUGCAGCAGCCUUCCUCCAUUACUCGUUGCUUUGCGGCUUGACCUGGAUGGCCCUGGAAGGUUUCCACCUCUACAUGCUUGUGAUCCGAGUCUACAAUGUGUACAUAAGACAUUACCUCCUCAAGCUGUGUGCUGCUGGCUGGGGGCUCCCUUGCUUAAUGGUCAUGGUCAUCUUCCUCAUCAAUAAAGAGGUUUACGGAAUCCACCAGGUCCAAACCAGCCAUUCAUACAGCAACAGAACUAUGUGUUGGAUCACAUCCAUCAAAGCACAUUACUUCAACUUGAUUUACGUCAGUGGCGCCGUGCUUUUCAAUAUGAUCGUCUUGAUGCUUGUGGUUUGGCAGCUGAGGCAGCUUGGAGCCAAGUCUUGUCAGCAGAAAGAGCAUUCCUGCAGGGAUCUGGUGACAGUUCUUGGAUUGACAUGCCUCCUGGGCACAACCUGGGCACUGGCAUUCGUCUCGUUUGGGGUCUUCUCCAUCCCACAGCUCUUCCUGUUCACUAUCCUCAACGCACUUCAAGGACUCUUCAUCUGCCUCUGGUGCUGCGCCUUGAGAUGCCGCUCACAGGAAAGCGGCUCAGGAGGGACCUCGCGUCCAUCUCAGUAACUGCAGCAUCAUGGGAGAUGGGAUGACCCUGGGCCAAGCAUGCCGAGGAUGAAAGGAGCUUUUGAGAUCAGAUGCCUGUUCAAAGAAACCGGCCCACUGUCUCGACUCCAAGCCAUCCACAAAUGUCAGGGCCCAGAGGGUAUACUGGUACAUCCUGAUUUACUCUGGAGUGUGACAGUUUUGCUAUUCAAAGAGGAACUCUUGCAGUAGGUCAAAGAAGACAGCUGAUGUGACUCCUGAUCCUUCAUAGAAUCAUAGAGUUGGAAGAGACCACAAGGGCCAUCAAGUCCAACCCCCUGCUAUGAAGGACACACAAUCAAAGCACUCCCAGCAUAAGUUCAUCCAGCCUCUGUUGAAUCUUGAGCACUUGCAGGACAGGGGGUGUUUAUCAGCUGAUCUCUAUUAUGGCUGGGCAGUAGCUGUUCUGUGUUCGACAAGUGCUCUUUCCUAUGCAUCCGGGAUUCAUCAGACGAGAGACAGACUAAUUCAAAGCAUAUUUUUGCUUCCUUCAGGCAGAAUGAUAGAACAGGGCUUCCUUAGUGUGCAAAUCUUGUAUUGUAGUAAUAAGAAUGGGAAAUUCCACAGGGCCUGAGGAUUGCAUGGUAGUUUCUAGGUACUCUGGCACCUACUGUCAGGAAAGACUGACUUCUGCUCUGCAUGGUUGGUGGUGGAGUGAAAAUGUACUCCUUUCCACUGACAUAGUUUCCUGUUGUUUUUUGAGCACAGGACACUGGGUCAACAAGAACCCUUUCAGGUAUUAUCAGUUUAUAAUGAAAUGAAGUACUUGUCUUUGAUAUGCAUUGUGCAGAAUACAGCAGACUUCAUUCAAGGCAGCUUUUCUGAGGCAAAGUUACCUUAUUUUCCCCAUCACUAAAACAACAAUGUGUUGAUCCUGGGAAAAUACAGGAUAACCUCAGCUAGCAUGUCCUUUACCUUCUCAGUAGUGCAUGGAAUAUGAUCAUGUAAGCGUUCUAAGUACCUAUUGGAUAGUGCCUAUGAAAUCAUUCAUCACAUGAUGAGAUCAUGAGAGUUCUUAUUGGGUCAGCCCAAAGUCCAUCUAGUCCAGGAUUCCAUUUCCAAUAGUGCUCAGCCAGAUUCUUAUGAGAAGGACAUGUCAUAGCUCUCCUCUGUUGGCUGUCUGUACCAUCUGGUACACACAUGGCCUCUAAACAUGGUGGAUCUGUUUAAUUAUCUACCAAUAGCUGCUGAUUGAUCAAUCACAUUUUCAAAAAUUAUCUAAAAGCUCCACUCCCAAAAUCUCCUGGUAUUUCUCAAGCCGGAGCAGGCAACCAAGUAUCAAGUACAGGAGAGGGGGAAAAUAUACAAACAGUAACCACGAGAUGGCACCAAAAACCAAAAUCAUGCCUGAGCAACAAAACAACAAAAUCCAGUUCAACCUGGCAUGCAGCGUGUGUGCAUGUGUGUGUGUGUGUGUGUGUGUGUGUGUGUGUGUGUGUGUGUGUGUGUGAGAGAGAGAGAGAGAGAGACAGAGAGACAGAGAGAAACAGAGACAGAGAAGCCAGCGGUGCAUGUCUGUUUCCUGUGGAUGUCUUUGACAAAUGUCAGGGAUGGGUCUGAGAAAUUCAGCAGGGUUUCAUGCAAAGCACUGGGCAUUUCUAGGAGAUAGUUAAUGCAUCACCAAAGUUCCAUUCAAAUCAUUCUGGUAAAUUGUACCAGAGGGCACCCAGGGCUGGUUUCCCCAUUAUGCUAAAUAAUGAUGCUCAGUGGCUCAGAACCCCCUGUGGCUCUUCUGAGCCCAGUUCCCCAAUGUGGCCCAACCCCGUGUUUGGGGAGAGUGGGCAAGACCUGUGUGAUAGGUUGGUCCCACCUUAAAACAGCCGCAGCUUAGGUUGCUGCCGUCGUGCCAGGAAUGGACAUGAGAGUUGCUGUUUUGGUGGAUGGACACUGCGAAUUUGGCUUUCCACAAGCUGCAGAGUGAGAACCACUGGACUAAAUGCUAGGCAGCUGAAGGCUCCAGCUAAAUUAGGACUCUUCCAGCUACAGUACAAGCAUCUGGAGGUCCAGGGAGCAAAAAUGUGGCUGUCUUGCUCUUUCCACGCAUCUUUCUAAAUCCUUCCCAGCUCAGAACCCCCGAGCAGCUUCCUCAUCAUAAAAUCAGAAAGUGGUGACCAUAUUCCCAGUUGAAGGGAAAGGCAGUCUGUCUAACGUUAUCAGCAAAAUACGUCUUAUGUUACUCAAGACAUUCUGUAGGAACUGAAAGCCGCCUAGGUGAUGGGAAUAUUGUCUGCUGAUGUAGUUGCCUCACCCAGCUACUUCUUCUUCUGCACACUGGCUUGGAAAAUCCAUCUUUCAACCUAUGAAGCAACAUACCUUCUUAAAGCCUGCACAAUAAAGCUGUGCUAUUCGUGCUCUAGAAGACCUCUAAAGAUCUUAUCUCCUUAUCCAUGGUGUUCAGAGGCAUUGCCACCAUGUUGACAGAAGCUCAGGGCUUUCCCCUACCUGGGACUAAAUGGCUGCUGCAGAGUCUGGUCUGGGUGAAAGAAGGUGGCUGCUGGCAAGUGGUGGUCUUUUGGCUGAUGUUUGGGGUCAAGCGGAUCGUCUUUUUGCUGG